AUGUCGUCUUCGCCACCAGCUGCUGCUGCUGCGGCGGCGCCUCCGCCGCCGUUGUCGCCGAGGGAGCACGUGGAGAGGAUCCGGCGCGAGCGCUACUUCAUCGGUCGCGGCGAGCGGAACCCGCUGGCGGAGGACAUGCACCAGGCGGUGAACUACCUGAGCCAGGAGCUCUACUCCAAGGACGUCCACUUCCUCAUGGAGCUCAUCCAGCCGCCUGUUCCCACGCCCGCGCCCAUGGUUGCCCUCGCGGACCGACUGCACUACCUCGACGCGCUACAGAAGUUCCGCACCCGCGUGUCUAGUGGUAAUUCCAUUCAGGUGGUGGGUCUUGACUUGCCUGAAUCCCCGCACCCCCUCCCCCCCGGCUGGGAGGAGACCGUCUACAGGCUCCAAGGAUUAGUGGUGACGGGCUGUCUUUGGGCUGGUGCAAAGAAGAAUGCUGAAGAUAAUGAUUAUCCUUCUGGAGCAACUCCAGCUUUGGAGUUUGUAAUUACAUCCAAAGACAUCACCUGUAGUGGAGCUACUGCCACCCUCCUGGUGUUCAACAAUGAGAAUGGCUUUACUCCAGCAAACAUUGAAUCCAUCUGCAGGAUUGGGAAAUCUACAAAAAGGGGUAACCGGAGCAGUGGUUAUAUUGGGGAGAAAGGUAUUGGUUUCAAAAGUGUGUUUCUAGUAUCCCGCAAUCCUCAUAUAUUUAGCAAUGGGUAUCAAAUUAAAUUCAGUGAAGAUCUGUGCGCAGAAUGUGGUAUCGGGUAUAUUGUUCCCGAAUGGGUUGAACAAAAUCCAAGUAAUUUGGACAUUGCCAAGAUAUAUGGCAGUUCGAAAAGUCUUCCAACCACAACUUUUAUAUUACCUCUGAAAUGUGAUAAAAUAGAUGUGGUGAAGAAGGAGCUAUCAAACACACAUCCUGAAGUACUAUUGUUUCUUUCAAAGAUUAGGCAAAUUUCUGUCAGGGAGGUUAAUGAUGAUCUGAAUGCUACUAGUCUGAGUCAAAUUUCUAUAUCAAGUGACGCUGAUGCUUUGACGAGGAAGGAUAUUAGUGCAGAGUCAUAUACUCUUCACCUAUCAGCUGAUGAGGACAAGACAGAUGAGAAACACUGUAGCUACUACAUCUGGAAGCAACAUUUCCCUGUGAAACCAGAAUGCUAUGUGCAGAAGAGAGAAAGGAUAGAUCAGUGGGUUAUUAUGCUAGCAUUCCCCCAUGGCCAGAGGUUGAGCAAGGGGGUGGGAUCACCUGGUGUUUAUGCAUUCUUGCCAACUGAAAUGGCAACAAACUUCCCUUUCAUUAUCCAGGCUGACUUUUUGCUAUCAUCAUCCCGAGAGUCCAUUCUGCUUGACAGCCAGUGGAACCGAGGAAUACUAGAAUGUGUACCUUCCGCUUUUGAAAAUGCUUUCCUGGCACUAGUGAAAUCAACAGAAAGUGCACCAGUAUUUGCGCUUCCACCUGUUUUUAAGUUUUUGCCACUUAAUCACUCUUCCUUAGAGAUGAUGGAUUCUGUCAGACUGUCCAUAAGAAAGAAGCUGAUUGAUGUGGAUAUAGUUCCAAGCGAAACAUGUUCUUCAGUGAAAUCAUUCCAUAAGCCUACAGAGGUUUACCGGCUAAACUCUGCAUUCUGGAGCAUCAUAAGCAGAGCAGUGAAGUUAGGAGUUGAUGUUCCAAACAUUUCAUCCCAUGGCACUAAUAUUCUGAACUCCUACUUUGACAGUGAAGCAUAUGAUGAUGUGUUGGGAUUUCUCAGAAUUGGUUAUGUUGAUUCUGAAUGGUAUGGCAGGUGCAUCCAAGGAUCAGAUCUUGUGGAACUGCUGCCAGAAGAUGUUUAUUUUGAUCUUCUCAGUUUUGUUGCUCAGAACUGGAAGGCUAUGUUUGCUGGCACAAACAUGGUGCAAAUACCACUUGUAAAGUGUGUUGGUAGGGGUGGUGUCAUGACUUAUAGGAGUGUGUAUGAAGCCACAACAUCAGAUAAGAGGCUUUGCAUGCUAUCUGAUGAGGAAUGUGCACCAUCGAUAAUUAACUGGAACAAUGACUAUUUCUCAACAGUCUCUGGAACACUGUUUAUGCCUCUGUCUACUCAGAAAGCACUAGGUCUAUUCAGUAAGAAAACAACUGUAAUGGAAUGGCUUGAGAAGUAUGUAGCAGUGAAGACCCUGACCCUACAUGAGUAUGCCCUUAUGGUUGUGAAAGCUUUGCCUGAGAAAAGCUUGGUUCUUGCUUUUACUCGAUUCAUUUAUCACUUGCAUUCGCAGAAGUUAAUGCCGGAAUGGAGUGUAAAACAUAUAUGCAACAUAAUACCCCUAGUGGAUAAUUGUGGGCGUGUUGUUAUCAGAAGAGGUAUAGUUCUUGUUCCAUCAAAAGGGAGUAAGUGGGCUGCAUUAUUGGGAGAAAAUCCAUGGAGACCACAAAACUAUGUUGAACUUGGAGAUGAUUACCUCUGUUCUGGAAAUUCUUCUGGGGAGCAUAUAUGUGAAGAUCAGUUUCUGUCGUUUAUCAAGGUAUAUAUACAAGCCACUGAUAUGCCUUUUCUGAUUCCUCCGGAUGCUAGUUUUCCUGCUGCAUCCUCCUCCUUAACGGCACAGAAUGCAGUUCUCCUUCUGGAAUGGAUUGAGAAUUUAAGGUCAAGGGGUGUAGGGUUACCUGAAAAAUUCAUAAGUUGCAUCAUGCAUGGGAAUUGGCUCAUGACAUCUGCUGGUUACCGUUCACCAGCAGAUUCAUUCAUGUCAAAUGCAGAAUGGGCUUGUCUGUUUCAGGCUAACCUUGCCUUUGUUGAUGUGCCAAUGAUUGAUCAAGAGUACUACAGGGGACAAAUUGUUGAUUUCAGGGAAGUACUGGGAACACUAGGUGUGAAGUUUGAAUUUUCUCAAGCAAUGUCAUACAUUGGCAAGCGUUUUAUGUCAAUUGUAACAAGCACUCCGACAGGUGACAUGGUGCUCUCACUGCUCCGUUUCAUCAGAUUCCUUAGGAAGGAACACAUGUCAUCUGAUCAUCUCAUUGAGACCAUCAAAGGAGGAGAUUGGCUCAAGACCUGCUCUGGUUAUAGAUCACCUGCCGGAUCUGUUCUUUUCAGUUCAGAAUGGAUAAUACCAUCUGAAAUCAGCUGUUUACCUUUUGUCGACAUCGACUUCUAUGGCCAUGAAAUCAGUGAAUGCAAGUCAGAGCUGCAGCAUCUAGGUGUUCAUGUCACAUUCAAACAGAAUUACCAGACCAUUGUUGACAACAUCAACCUUCCAACAGGUCCAGUUACUGCUGGUGCUGCUAUUCUAUUAUUGAAAUGUAUCAGACAUGCUAAUUCAUGCAAGAACUUGGUGAAGCGCCUGAAGAAGCGCCAAUGGUUGAAGACUAAUGCUGGGUUUAGAGCUCCCCGGGAGACAUUUCUGCUAGACCCAGAGUGGAAAUGUCUUGUUAAAUUUGCCGAUGUUGUUCCACUGAUCAAUUUGACUUUCUAUGGUAAUGAAAUCCUGACCUAUCGGGACGAACUGAUGAAGAUCGGUGUCGUUGGUAGUCUGGAACAGGCAAGCAAUUCCAUAACUUAUAAUCUGAAACAACUCUUGUCAACAUCUUCCCUUACAAAGGAAAUCAGGGUUGCUCUACUCUCCUGCUACAAGGAUCUGAGUGAUGAGCACAAGACAUUCCCAGCCAAUAUUCUCAAGUUUAUGCGAACAGAGAAGUGGCUGCAUACUACACAAGGUUUCAGGCCUCCAAACAAAUGUGUGCUCUUUGAUUCUUCGUGGGAACCAAUAAUGGCAGUUGCAAGCCUACCAUUCAUUGAUGACAGUGACUCAAGCAGUGGAACAGGGAAGGAAAUAUAUAGCUAUAAGAAGGAGCUUAAGGCUUUGGGUGUUACUGUAGAUUAUGACCAGAGAGCAGACUUUGUCUUGUCAUGCCUAUCUACUGUGGAAGGACCUCAGAUGCCUAAUAACACCAAUGUUGUUAGCCCUUAUAUUGGACUGCAUAUCAUUAGUGACUCUGGGAACACUAGUGAGAGCACCGUUGAGAAUGCAGUAGCUCUGAACGCUGCUGAAAGCCCACCUUUACUUGCGAGCACAACUCUUUUAUCUCUAUUAAAAUUGAUGCAAAGAAGUGCCAAUCCGAAAAGUUUUGCGCCACAAAUUAGAAAGAUGCAGAUGAAGUCAUUUCUUGGAUACAGGUAUGCAGAUCAAUGUAUCUUGUAUGACUCGGCAUGGUCUUCAUACCUCCGCAGAGAAGAUGGUCCUUUCAUCGAUGAAGCAUUCUAUGGCCCUGAGAUAUUAUCAUACAGGACAGAGUUCAGACUGAUUGGAGUAGUUGUUGAUGUUGGCUAUGGAUGCUCUCUGUUGGCGCAGGAUUUGACACAUUUCUCUAGAGUGGAUACCAUAACAAGGAUAUACAAAUACUUGUCAGUUUUUAAAUGGGAACCAAGAAAUAAACGUGAUAACUGGAUAUGGAUACCCAACAUAAGAAACAGGGGCCAAUGGGUGCGCCCUGCAGAUUGUACUCUUCAUGACAGGAACGGGCUGUUUAGCACUCAUUUCUCAGUCUUGGACAAGUACUAUGAAAAGGAUUUGCUUGGGUUCUUCUCCAAUGUUCUUGGUGUCAGGCACUGCCCCAGAGUACUAGAUCACUGCAUUCUAUGGCGCUCGUGGGAGUGCACAUCUUUCGAGCUGACGCCUGCUAGCUGUUCAUUUUUCUGGGAGUUCAUUGGAAACCGUUGGAAUGCGACUACAGCAAAGCUCCUUUCAGGGUCUGUCACAAGGGUUCCUGUUCUUUCUGGUGGCAAGAUCAUCCUGCGGGAGGUGGAAGAUGUCUUUGUUCCAGAUGAUCUCCUCCUGAAACAUUUAUUUGACCAGUUCUGUUCAGAUCCAAUUUUUGUUUGGUAUCCAACAGGGCUGUCAUUCACCUCUCGAGCUCAGAUGGACACUAUCUACCAGAGACUUGGUGUUCGAGCAAUCUCCAAGGCUGUCACAAAAGAUGAAACUCAUGUUUUGAACAUGAAUCAGUGCCAAGUAGUAGAGGCAAAAGAUGCUAUGGUAACACCAGGCUUGCUCAGAAUAAUCCUUGCUUUCCUUGCCAACCCUGCUCUCGAGAUUGGCAGUGACAAGAGGCAUCAAAUGGCUUCUUACCUACUCAGUGUGACGGCUCUUGAGAUGACUGAACCUAUCAGUGUGAGCUACCAAAUAAAGCUAUCAUUGGGAAGAACUGUGACAGUUAAAGGACCGAGGAUGUUCAUGUGGGAAAGAGAGAACCGCAAGCUGUACAUGCAGAAGUCUGAGGGGCCUCAUGGAAGGACGACUAGGAUGGAAUUCGCGACAUGCUUUGGCGAGGAAAUCUCUCAAGGAUUGUUAUAUGAGAGAGUUGAUCUGAUUCCAUCUCUCACCGAGCUGCUCAAGGUUGGACUCUUGGUUGGUUUUGAGGAGGAUGAGGUUGAGUACCUACUCAAGACCAAGAAUCUGCAGCUUUAUUCUGAGGAUGAAGAUUUCCUCCUGGGUGCAUUCCCUCCUGAGAACUACGAGGAUGAUAACGAUUUCUGA